UCAAUCUAGGCGUGUUUCCUGCUGCCAUUGACUAAAAAAACCAAGAGCUGGCAUCCUGCAGGGAAAGAAAAGCAGACAGCUUUACAUGCUUGCCUCCAUACCGGUUGCGAUUAUUGUUAAUGUCGUGAAGGAUUUUUUUAAUUUAAUUUUGUCUUACAGGAAAGCUUAUUGAUCAUGUCCAGCUGCAUUGUCAUAUAAUGUCUAUGGACGCGGAGCAGCUCCCCUUGGCGAUCAUUUAUGAUUUAUCGAGAUGAUAUGAAUGUCAAACGGUCGAGGUUUGCUCUCCACGGCUGGAUUUUCUGUCUCAUGGUGGGAAACAUCUGCCGCAAGCAUUUUGGGUGAAUUUCUAAUCAUUUCCAUUAUUGAAUAGGGAUCGAUAUGGUGUGUUUUUGAGCAGCGUGGGAGCCACAGUGUGGGAAUGACAUGCUGCAGUAAAGACGGGAAAUUGGAAAUAAUACGGACCAGAAAUCACUGAUGAUGUGACUGUGACACUUUAAACGAGAAGAAAAAUGCUCCACUAUGGUCGACUUGUGCAGAAAUCUUUAACAUUACUGAGUAAGUCGUUUUUUGCAAAUGGGUUGUGUGUCACAUUGAACAGCGUUUGAGCGCAAGAUCCUGUUCAACCCCACCAGUUUUCUCUGUUUUUUUUUGUCUGAAUAACAACUCGCAUUAACCCAGAGAAGGACUGAGUGGACUGAGCUUUAAAAAAAACAAGAGGACACCAUGUCGGCGGUGAUGAUAACGCGGAAGGUGCGAAAAUGGGAGAAGCUGCCUGGUAAAAACACUUUCUGCUGCGAUGGACGGGUGAUGAUGGCCCGGCAGAAAGGAGUCUUCUACCUGACUCUGUUCCUCAUCGUCGGGACCUGCUCUCUCUUCUUCGCUUUCGAAUGUCCGUACCUGGCUGUCCAUCUGUCUCCUGCCAUCCCAGUUUUCGCAGUUGUGCUCUUCCUCUUCGUCAUUGCCAUGUUGCUGAGGACCAGCUUCAGUGACCCGGGGGUGCUGCCGCGGGCCCUCCCAGAGGAAGCUACAUUCAUCGAGAUGGAGAUUGAGGCUGCCAAUGGGAACGUCCCCGCAGGGCAGCGACCCCCACCUCGGAUCCGCAACGUUCAGAUCAACAACCAGAUCGUCAAGCUCAAAUAUUGUUACACCUGCAAGAUCUUCCGGCCGCCUCGCGCGUCUCACUGCAGUAUCUGUGACAACUGUGUCGAUCGUUUUGAUCACCACUGUCCAUGGGUGGGCAACUGUGUGGGCAAGAGGAACUACCGAUACUUCUACCUGUUCACCCUGUCUCUCUCCCUGCUCACCAUCUAUAUCUUCACCUUUGACAUCGUCCACGUGGUCAUGCGUUCAGUGGAUAAUGGCUUUUUGAACACUUUGAAGGAAACACCUGGAACUGUGCUGGAGGUGUUGGUGUGUUUCUUCACCUUGUGGUCAGUGGUGGGUUUGACCGGCUUCCACACCUACCUGAUCUCUCUCAACCAGACCACCAAUGAGGACAUCAAAGGAUCCUGGUCGGGAAAGAACAGAGUGCAGAACCCAUACAGCCACAAGAACAUCAUCAAAAACUGCUGUGAGGUGCUCUGUGGGCCGACGUACCCGAGUGUCUUAGACAGACGAGGACUGAUGCAGGAGGAUUCGUCUGCUUCCGCAACGUCUGCUGCACCCUCAUCUUCCUCCUCCAGCAGCAGCAACCCAGUGCCACAAACCACGAAAACCACAGCUCCACUCAUCCCUAACGAGCACACACCUGACGAUGCCAAGCCGAGCAUUGCUGCCUCAGCAGAGAAGAGCUCCUCCCCCAAAGAGGAGCAGCCUCCUGCUUCCAAGCUCCCACCUCUGGCUUCACCCGAGACUGACGCAGAGGCAUCCAUCACCAACAAGACCCAUUAGACGCAUGAGGGGGGCGGCUUCGUACGUGGCCACUCCCCCCGGCAUCCUGCUCAGUCACAAACUGGAACAUUAAUGAUCAAUGUCUGAUUACUGUGCGGGCGACUCCUGCCCUACAUUCCACCAGAGGAGCGGAGUUUCUGCUGCAGCUCCUCCUCUUCCUCUUCUCUCCUCACCGGUAGCUGCAGAGCUAUUUGACUGACAGGGAGAGGGGUCGUGAUUUAAUGCAAAGUCAGCAGCUUCCUCUGUCUCCUGAACACUGCAUGGAAAAGACACACGGGGGGAGAAGCUGCUGGGACAACUGCAGAAAAAAAAAAAAAAACUCCAAGUGAAAGACAUCCCUGCAGGUCACCUGCGGGCUCGCUCUGAUUGUCAGUACUGCUUUCUUCUUUAUUUAAAAUCGCAUAAUGACAUUUAAUUGUGAGAGGCCAGUGCAAAUAUACUCUAAGCAAGUGUCUGGCAAAGACAAUAUUACUUCUGGACAUGUAUAAAACUUCAUACAUACAGUACGGUCAGUUUUUCAGUUGUGCACACAUUACAUGCCCUAUGCAAAUCAUGAGAAGCAGCUUUGUGAGGAGUGUGGAUAGAAGGGUUACACCUGUAAAAAGAUGUUGUAGUACACAUGACGUCCAGGCAGGGGGAGGACAUGCAAAUCCGUAGCUGAGAUAUCCUAAAGGCUCCUUCCUGGCAAGUAAAAAAUCUACCUUGUCUGAUAUUGCUGCAUUCAGUACUGUUGUUACGUGCAUCCUUUUUUUAAAGCGAUCUCACCCAGACCAAACGCCUGUCCUUCCAUUUUAUAUAUCAUCAAGGAUGAAGUGUGACGUCGGCACUCUGAAACGGAUAAAAUUGCUUUAAGUACAGUUAAAGUCUUGUGUCCAGGAGACGCUUCGCCAGAGUCCCGGUGUGUGUGCGAGACAAGACCUGACUUCUGAUGAUCGUAGACACUAGUAGUAACAGUGCCUUAUCAUAACAGUUGCACUAUCACAUGCAACUGAGGUCAACCAACAGAGAGCAGAGACGCCCUUUGAAUCCGUUCAAACCAUAGAUACAGUGUUAAAUGAGCAACGCUAACGUUUAUACUCUAACUAGCGCAGUGGUUCCCAACCUUGAGGUGGGGACCCACACACAGGAUUGUAAGAUAAAUCAAAGAGGUCAAGAGAUGAUUAAAAAAUAGCUCGACAUUUUGGGAAAAACGCUUAUUUGUUUUCUUGCUGAGAGUUAGAUGAGGAGA